GGGGUAGUUGAGCUGGCUGCAAUUUUCUUCCUCAAGAGAGAAGAGCUAAAUCAGCUGUAUGAUUAAGAGGUUAAGUCAUAAAGCUGCCAGAGCUCAGCAGCUUCUCUCAUCCUUUUCCUCUGAUAAUGGAGACCCAGGAAGAAAGUGAACUCUGCUUUCCACAACUCAACAGCUCCUGCAGGAGGACAAAGCGCCCACACACUGAGGCUGUGCUUAUUUACAUUCUACUGUCCUCCAUCUCUCUGCUCACUGCAACUCUAAACCUGCUGGUCAUCAUCUCUAUCUCCCACUUCAAGCAGCUCCACACCCCCACCAACCUCCUCCUCCUCUCCCUGGCAGUCUCUGAUUUCUUCGUGGGCAUCAUCAUGUCUUUUCAGAUUCUCCUCACAGACGGCUGCUGGUUCCUCGGUGACCUCAUUUGUUCUUUGUUUUUCAUUUUAGACUUCAUUGUGACCUCUGCCUCAGUAGGAACCAUGGUGCUUAUAUCUGUUGACCGCUAUGUGGCCAUUUGUAUCCCUCUGCAUUACUCCACCAAAAUCACUGUGAGAGGAGUAACAAUCUGUGUUUGCCUUUGUUGGGUCUGCUCUAUUCUGUACAACGGUCUCAUAAUGAACGAUAAUUUAAAACAACCAGGCAGACAUAAUUCCUGCUCUGGAGAGUGUGUGAUUGUCAUUAACCACAUUGCAGGGGUCGCUGACCUUAUUUUGACCUUUACUGGUCCUGUAACUGUCAUCAUAGUUCUGUACAUCAGAGUAUUUGGGGUGGCUGUGUCUCAGGCUCGUGCCAUGAGGUCCCAUAUUGCAGCUGUCACUCUUCAGCGUUCAGAGACAGUAACUGCUAAAAAAUCAGAGCUGAAAGCAGCCAGGACUCUUGGCGUUGUUGUAAUUGUGUUUCUGACAUGUCUUUGCCCAUAUUACUGUUCCUCUCUUGUAGGCCAGAAUGCCAUGUUUGGUGUUACAUCUGUGCCCUUUGAGACCUGGUUAUUCUAUUUCAACUCUUGUCUAAACCCAGUGAUCUAUGCUUUUUGCUAUCCCUGGUUUCUAAAAUCUAUUAAACUCAUUGUAACAUUUAAAAUACUUCAGCCUGACUCUUGUCGGGCCAACAUACUGUAGUUGGUGAGACAGACAUGAAAUGUUAAAAUAUGAAUUAGAAAUCGAAAAGUCUGCAACAAUUUAAAAUAUGUCACUUGUGCUUCAAGUACAUCUCACAUGAAGUGUGAUUACCAGUAUGUGUGUAUCUUCUCUUUAUUCUGUUAUUUGUUGUUAUAUACGGUAAUCUCAAUGUAAUGUGCUACCUUUCCGUUGUCUGCCUUUGACUGGUCCCCUGUUAAUGGAGCCUCUAUAAUAAAAAUAAAAUACUUACAUACAACAAACUUGUUU